AUGAGAAGCGCGGGGUUGUUGCUUGGCUACUUUUUGGUGAAAGUUCUUGUAUGCGACGCGGAGGGGGAGCCAGGGCAGAAGCUAGACGGCUUUAUUAUGGUACAAACGGGUACCAACGAGUCAAAAUUGAACGGAGAGAACAGCGUUUCGGAGAGUCCGCAUACAGAGGACAGGUGCCGGGGUUAUUACGAUGUGAUGGGCCAGUGGGAUCCGCCGUUUGUGUGCCAGACGGGCAGUUACCUGUACUGCUGCGGGACCUGUGGCUUCAGAUUCUGCUGUGAGUUUACAAGCUCGCGGCUGGACCAGACCACCUGCAAAAACUAUGACACCCCGCCGUGGAUGAUGACAGGCAGACCCCCGCCUAAGAAAAAAGACCCCACUCACGACACCACAAAGGAUAAAACAAACUUAAUUGUGUAUAUAAUAUGUGGAGUUGUUGCCAUAAUGGCCCUCGUUGGGAUUUUCACAAAACUUGGACUUGAAAAGGCGCACCGUCCACACAGAGAAAACAUGUCAAGGGCUCUAGCCCAGGUGAUGCGCCAGCCUGGUCCAGGAGAACACUCAGAAGACAUUGGAGUGCAUGGACAGCACUAUGACAACAUGCAAGCCAACAGGGUACCUGCUAACAGUCUCCAGGCUAACCAGAUGAACAGUGUGGGUCCAGGAUCAUCACUAAUGCCAGGCUUAGGGUCUCCUCCCCACCCUUACCCUUCCAUGGGACAGAUCACUAGCCCCUAUGAGCAACAGCAACCUGGGAAAGAGCUCAAUAAGUACGCCUCCCUCAAGGCUGUCGCGGAGAAGGUUAAUGACAACUUCUACACCAACCGGCGGCACAUGGUAGAGAUGGCAGCCAAGGGCAGUCUCCCUAUGCACCCGAUGCACCGCAUAGAGCAGGAGCCCAGCAACCCCUACAGCCCUCCCUUACAGCCUUCCCUAAAGCAGAACGGACACAAAUCCAAAAGCACCAAGGGCCACAGCAGCUACAGCAGCAGCUCCCAUACCCUGGCCUAUGGCUCCAACACAAUCGCCAACCCGGGGAUGCAGAAGAACUGGGACGGCUCAGAGACGGUGGGCCGCCGGCAGAGCCACGGCACUAAGAAACACUGCACCAUAGAGCAGGUGAACGAGAUGCACAGCACCUCGCGCAGCCAGCACUACAUGCCUCCGCAGCCCUACUUUGUCAGCAACAGCAAGACAGAAGUGACUGUUUGA